UCAUUUAACGUUCAACUUUUGUCAAAUAAACAAGUUCGCUCCGUGCUCAACGAAACCUACGCUCCCGAAGUGAAAUGGCUCGUACCAAGCAAACCGCUCGUAAAUCGACUGGAGGUAAGGCUCCUCGCAAGCAGCUGGCCACCAAGGCUGCUCGUAAAAGUGCCCCGGCCACCGGAGGAGUGAAGAAGCCGCAUCGUUACCGUCCGGGAACGGUGGCCCUCCGAGAAAUCCGUCGCUACCAGAAGUCGACCGAGCUGCUCAUCCGCAAGCUGCCCUUCCAGCGCUUGGUGCGUGAGAUCGCCCAGGACUUCAAGACUGAUCUCCGCUUCCAGAGCUCAGCCGUCAUGGCGCUGCAGGAAGCCAGCGAGGCGUAUCUGGUUGGUCUGUUCGAAGACACGAAUCUGUGCGCCAUCCACGCCAAGCGCGUCACCAUCAUGCCCAAGGACAUCCAGCUGGCCCGUCGCAUCCGCGGAGAGCGUGCCGGAGGAAAGGUAAAGGGAAAGGCAAAGUCCCGUUCCAACCGUGCCGGUCUUCAGUUCCCCGUUGGCCGUAUUCAUCGUCUCCUGCGCAAGGGUAACUAUGCCGAGCGCGUCGGUGCCGGAGCACCCGUGUAUCUGGCAGCCGUCAUGGAAUACUUGGCCGCUGAAGUGCUUGAGUUGGCCGGAAACGCUGCCCGUGACAACAAGAAGACGCGCAUCAUCCCGCGUCAUCUGCAGCUGGCCAUCCGCAACGACGAGGAGUUGAACAAGCUGCUGUCCGGAGUAACCAUCGCUCAGGGUGGUGUGCUGCCCAACAUUCAGGCCGUGCUGCUGCCCAAGAAGACCGAAAAGAAGAGUGCGGCCCUGACGCUUCAGAGCAUACACCACAUCCAUAGCGGUGACGGUCUUACGCUUGGCGUGUUCAGUGUAAGUGACCGCAUCACGAAUCACAUUCUCCAGAAAUACUUUCAGGACGCCACGGGUUUCCUCGUAGAUGAGACCGGAGAUACGUUUCACUCCUCCGCGCCGAGCCAAACGGCGGAUGGCGGGCUUGUCAUGAUGAGCACAGGAUUUUUGCUCCGUGCUCAACGAAACCUACGCUCCCGAAGUGAAAUGGCUCGUACCAAGCAAACCGCUCGUAAAUCGACUGGAGGUAAGGCUCCUCGCAAGCAGCUGGCCACCAAGGCUGCUCGUAAAAGUGCCCCGGCCACCGGAGGAGUGAAGAAGCCGCAUCGUUACCGUCCGGGAACGGUGGCCCUCCGAGAAAUCCGUCGCUACCAGAAGUCGACCGAGCUGCUCAUCCGCAAGCUGCCCUUCCAGCGCUUGGUGCGUGAGAUCGCCCAGGACUUCAAGACUGAUCUCCGCUUCCAGAGCUCAGCCGUCAUGGCGCUGCAGGAAGCCAGCGAGGCGUAUCUGGUUGGUCUGUUUGAAGACACGAAUCUGUGCGCCAUCCACGCCAAGCGCGUCACCAUCAUGCCCAAGGACAUCCAGCUGGCCCGUCGCAUCCGCGGAGAGCGUGCCUAAAUCGUCCAUGCAUCCGGAAGCGGUCCCUGUCUAAACGGGGCAUUUCCUUCUCAAAACGGUCCUUUUCAGGACCACCAAUACUGUUGAACAUUCCAAGAAUUUUCUUUCGAUUGCUAUUAUGAAAUUGUACAUACGAAUGCAAGCCUUCACGCAUGUCGUUUUGUUAUAACGAGGAAAGUGUGAAAAGGGGGAAAAUUUGUUUUAAAUAAUCAAUGUUAUGGGAGGUAUUUUAA